AUGGGACCUCCAAUGGCUGGAUCUAAUGCUACUGAGCAGGAUGGCACUACAACUAGUACCGCUCCCGCUCCCGCUCCAGAGGCAGGAGUAAAGAAGAAAGGCCGCACCAAUACACCUUGGACCGCAGAGGAGGAGCAAAGGCUCAAAACGAUGAGAGAUGCUGGCAAUACAUGGAGUGAGAUUGCUAAGACGUUCCCUACCAGAACUGAAGGUAGCGUCAAAAAGCAUUGGUAUAAAGACAUGCACUAUGCGGAAUUUGCAGAAGAUGAGUCCAUAGCUCUACGGGAUGCAAUUAAGGAGUAUGAAUCCAAUAAAUGGAAGGUCAUUGGACAGAAGGUCGGGAAACCAGCGAAGGUAUUCAUAAUUCUUUACAAUUGUCCCCCACCGUCUCAAAAUUUGAUAGAAAAGCCUGUGAGCAAUAUGCCAAGGAACAUUUCAAGAACCUAUAAAUACUCGAUGUCUAAAAAAGCAACCGUCUUGGGAUACCUUUCUGGUCCGUCCGCGACAAAACUCCAACUCCUGGGAUACACCAAGCACGCCCCCUCCCUAGCCCAACCCCCUCUUUUUUUGUUUCUUUUUUAUGGGCAGCCUUCCCUUUCGUUGACACCAAUCGGACUGCCUAGAACCAUGAUGGCAAAUAUUGAAACUCUGCCACCUGGAUUUGAGAGUGAAACGCUCGGAUAUAUGACACAGCUGGGCAUGUUUACCUGGCCAACUCUAAAGCUUGAAAGGGAUGUUACGAUUGGGCCGUCCGUUUUCCUAUAUUACUAUCUUUAUUUUGAUUUCUACAUCUACUUGUUCUCACCGCAGGUUUCUGUCAUUACGUUUACUCUGAUUUUUUAA